AUGAUAAUCCCGCAGUCUCCUUAUAGGCCUGAUCCCUGUGAUCUAGAAUACGCAGAUGUAGAUUACAAAUCGUACGGCCCCAUUAACUACAAAGCUGCAUCUAUAUAUGCCGCUAUGAAGAGGAACAAAAAUAACAAUAAAAUGGAAGAGGAUAGGCACGUAAAAGACAAAACUAAAUCUAACGAAAUUAAAAGUCAUUCCAUGGCCACCAUUAAAAAUUGUCAGCAAAAAGAUGCCGCGAGUACCGCCUCCAGCGCAUCCAACAUUAAACCCAGGAAAUCUUCAAAUCUCUUAGCCUUUGUUCGUCGAAGUAAAAAGAAGAAUAAGAAAUCUGAAACUUCUUUAAAUCCCAUCAACAUCUCAUCUCAGAAUCUGGAAUACAUAGCUAGUAAUUCCUCGCUAGGAUUGCAUCCAGAUGAAUUUGAUGCAGGUAGAGAAAGUGUAAGAGAUUUCGUGGAUAACGGCGGCGACAACCAUUUGAGCAUAAAGAGCAAUGAGGAAUACUUGCAUACGACAGAUUCAGAACAUUCGGUUCAAUCGACAACGAAAACGAAGAGCCACUUUUUCCGGAAACUCAUUAAAAAGCAGUCAUCUGAAAAUAUCAAGAAGAAGUCCGAUCACGAUUUAAUAAAUCGCAGUAGUAAAGGGAAUAUUAUCGAAAAGACGCAAAGCUGUAAGGUCUAUCGCUUACAUUCAAAUAAAGAUUUUACCGAAAGGAGUAUUUUGAGAAACAAUAUAUGUGCACCAACAUCAUUUAUAAACUUCGGAAAGUCUACAUUAAACGUAACAUUAGCAAACGGUUUACAGUCAGUUCAAGAACUCGCCAGCCGAUUUAGCGAGAGCGAGAACCAUUUAAUACAAAUCCUCGGUAGAUACAUAAAAGACCCGAGCUGCCAGAAAGAACUGAUCGAAACCCUUUCACAGCAUUCGAAACUUCAGCGAGAGGCUGAAAGAAGGACCAGCGCCUUGGCGAACGACAUGUGGAUCCACCAAAUAGAGAUCGGCAGGGCGCAGGAACGAACUUUGCAAGAAACAUUAAACACUCUCGUUAAGCAAAACAGGCAAUUACAAAUUGAUAAUGAAAUUAUGUUCCGUAAGCAUGAAAAGCUUGUUAGGAAGUUGCGAAGUUUUCCCGAGAUGGGUCUGAAGUACAAAUGUAUGGAAUGUAGUUCACAAGUAGAAUGUGUUAUAAACCACAACGAGAAGCUACAAGAAAAACUAGAUGCAUAUGUUCAGCAAAUAGACAAUUUAGAAAACGAGUUGCACAUCUUAAAAAAACAGAACGAUGGGUUAGAACAGCAUCUAAGUCACUCUACAUCCCAGACAAAUAUUCUAAGAGCGACGAUUCAGAGAUGUCAAACCGAAUACGAGCUGGAUUUGGCCACAUUAAAUUAUGAACUGCAGAAAAAGGAACAACUUAUCCGAGAGAGCUAUGAAGCAGGUGAUGGCCUAUUGGUGGACUUGGAUAAUCUAAAAAGGCAAUUUAAUGGUCUCCAGAUUUCUCUGAACUGGUCUAAAUUCGAGGGUCAUGGAAAAUGCGUAUCUGAAUUACUAAAUAUUAGCCGAUUAUGUAUAAAUGAACUGUCAAAAGAGUUACUCUCACUACAAACACAAAUUUCCAUCAAGGAAAAAGAUAUGGAGACGUUGCAAGAGACAAACACCAAGCUUCAAGAGAACCUUAAAAAAUCGACAACGGAACUCGACAACAUUUCUAAAAAACAGAAAUGCAAAAUUUUAGAAAGCGAUUUGAAGGCUGCUCAAGAGAAAAUUGAGAACCUUAAAAUGAAAUUUGAACUGGAAAAAUCGUCAAUAUUAAGUUCUGUACCUGAAUAUGAAAGUUUAGCAAAACAGAUUUCGGAAAAGGACAAGAUGAUCGAACACACGAAAAUGUUUAUAACUAAUAUCACUUCAGAAAAUCUAGCUCUACGCAAUCAAGUGGACACUCUGAAUAGGUCGUUAGCGGAGUCUGGAGCUGGUGAUGUCGUUAAGGAGCUAGCAAAUUGCCAGGAGCAAUUAGCAUAUUUUCAGUCUCAAUACUAUCAUCUCUUAAAUGAAAAGCAAAUAUAUCUGAGUGACAUAGAAAACUUGAAAGAAGGGAAGAAAUCGAUGGUUCUUCAACUGGAGACGAACUUAAAACAAUUGCGAAAACAACUGGAAAAGAAAAAUGAAGAAAACAGUUCCUUACAGCAGCAGUACGAGUCGGAACAUCAGACUGUCCUAACUUUGCAGCACGAACGAAUGAAGUAUCUGGAAGAAAAGAACAUGUUAAAAACUAUUUUUCAACACAUGAAAACCGAAAUUACGCGUGUUCAAAAAUUGGAAUGCGCUGUAGCGGAUAUUAGUAAAGAGGCUAGCAAAUUAGCAGUAAUUGCGGAAUACAACAAACAAAUUGGAGAAAAACUGAAGACAGAAGUACACGUGAAGGACCAAACUAUAUUGCAACUGAGGUCGAGUGUUGAAAAAUUGAACGAUAUUCAAAUCCAGAAUACGAAGGAGAAGCUGUCUUUGUGUUACGAACUUUCAGAAGUUUGCCAGAUGAAGGAGCAGCUUAAUAACAUUCUCUCAUUGGAAAUGCAGAAGAACGUAGCUUUGGAUGACAAAAAGAAAGAAAUUUAUGAGUCUGCCAGCACUCAGUUAAAGAAAUACGAAGAGAUCCAGAGAAACGAACGAUCAGCUUUAAGGGACCUAGUUCGGGAUUAUAAGAUACUUAUGAGCCAAAAAGACAAUCUCGUAAAUGAAAACGAAAAGCUGCUGAGCGAGCUACAUGAUAUUCGAAACGCCUACGAGCAGCAGGUGAAAAAAUGUGACACCAUCGCAAGUGUGAAACACGAAAAGGACUUGCAAGUUGCCAAGCUGCUUGCUAAGGAAAAAGAUAGUGUUGCUGCCGUAAAUUCUCUGCAUGAAAAAUUGAAUGUCGAAGUGAACAGAUAUGAAGUGAAUACAAAACAGUUGGAAAAAUUAAUAAAACAAUUAAGAAACGAAAAAGAGGAACUAGAUAAUUCAGUAAAAUAUCUUCAAAAUAACACAAAAAGGCUACAUUACGACCUCGACGAAUCUAGAAAACGGGAAAAGGAAACCAAAGACUUGCUAAAGAAAGCUAUGUUGGAGAGAGAUGAGCUGCAAGAUAAUAUCACGGAAUUAGGAGAAGAUAAGGAAAAAUUAAUUAGUGAAACCAUAUUUCUGAAACAGGGUGAAAUAGAAAAACUUAUGUCGGAAAUUAAGGAGUUAAAGGAUAUGGAGGACAAAUUUAAAAAUUCGGUCAAAUCAUUUGAAAACCAAAAUCAGGAACUAAGAGACAUUGAAUACAAGAAACAGCAGCUAGAAAACGAAAUAAGAAAUUUACGAAUCGAACACGAUUCCUCGAAAAGGUUGCUAGAAGACGUUAGGAGGGAAAUUGAAUUUAUGCAGAAGGAACUGAAACACCUUAAAGAACAAAAAGAAGAGGAUUAUUUCAUUUACAAGAGUCAUUUGGAUGAAGUAACGAGGAAACAUGAGAAAAUAAUGGAAUCUAACGAAAAGAUAAUAUGUGAUCUAAAAGCUAAUUUGAAGGAUGUGUCUCAGAAGCUGGAAAAUGAACGGUCUGCGUAUGCAACACUAUCAGAAAUACAUAAAGAAAUUUCCGGCAAAUUCCUUAAAAGCGUAAAGAAUUUUGCUGAAGAGAAAACGGCUAGGCAAGAGGUGGAAACAAAAUUAAAGGAAACUAUGCAUUGUCUUGACCAUAUGACGGUAGAGAAGGAAGAUUUGCAGAAUCAAAUCAAUAUUCUACUGGAUGGGUUAAACGAUGAAAAAAACAGGAUAAAUACUCUGUCACAGGAGAAAAGCAUUACUCAAGGCUCAUUGGAUGAUUUACAAGGAAAAUACAAUGAUUUACUGAAGAAGUGUCUCACACUUGAACAUCAGCUUAGAGGCCUCGAGUUGGGUGUUUCGACUGACUCUGUUUCAGAUACAUAUUUAAAGGAACAUGUGGAACUUCUCCAAAAGGAAUCCAGAGAAAAUCAUGAACUAAUACUCGAGCUCAAGGAGAAUAUUACAAAACUCCAGCAGCAGAUUACCGGAUUAGAGUUUCAAAAAUCAGAGAUGACUUUAAGAUUACACGAAACGCAACGGAGGUGCGAAACGGAACAGAACCUGUGCGAGCAGAUGAAAAAUACACACAAGCUCAUCCUAGCGGCGCUCUUGAGAAUGAAGGAUGAGGGUAAACUAGAUUCCCAGGAAUGCAACUAUCUGCUGCACAUGUUGAAAGUGAAAGGGAACGACUACCAGUAG